AUGCCUGCAGCUGACAUCAAGAACGAGGACGGUCCCAUCGGACUUUCCGACUUUGGCGACAACAUCGACGUCGCAACCUUUGAGCAGAUUCUCGAGAUGGACGAUGAUGAAGAUGAGAGAGACUUCAGCAGGAGUAUCGUCUUCGACUUCUUCCAGCAAGCCGACAGCACAUUCGACAAGAUGGACGAGAACAUGUGCCUGAUGCGGCUGCUCAAACAACAGNNUGAAAAGAAGGAUCUCGCCCAACUCAGCGCCCUCGGCCACUUCCUCAAGGGUAGUAGUGCAACACUUGGCCUGACAAAAGUCAAGGACCACUGCGAAAAGAUCCAGCACUACGGCGCACACAAGGACGAGACCGGCACACGCGACGAGCCCGACGUCGAAGUCUGCCUCGACAACCUCAAGGUGUCCAUCGCACAAGCAAAGAAAGAGUUCAAGGUUGUCGAGCGUCUACUGAAGAGAUUCUACCACGACGAUGCCGAGUAG